AUGUGCAACACAAAACCCGAAGCACUUCGGAUUUACGUCGAAGUGGUAGGAGGGGUUGGCUUGACGGACACCACUCUCCCCCACAUCGCGGCCUUGUCCUGCAAAUCGCCGCCUCACCCCUGCAUCGCCCCAUCGUCCACAAAACGUGCGCAUUGCAGUGGCCCAUUGCUGGUGGAGGGGCUUAGAGGCGUGGGGGCCGCCAUUGCACCCUCUCUCAUCUCCUCCUCCACCCUCUCACCCCUGUUCCCCUCUCUCGUCCCCUUCUCCCCUCUGUCAUCCCCUCCUCCCCUCCUCCCUCUCGCAUCCCCUCCUCCCCUCUCUCAGCCCCUCCUUCCUUCUCUCAUCCCCUCCUCCCAUUGCUCCUCCACUCCUUCCAUCUCUGAUCCCGUCCUCCCCUCUCUCAUCCCUUCCUCCCCGAUCUCAUCCCCUCCACCCCUCUCUCAUCCCCUCUUCCCCUCACUCAUCCCCGCCUCCCCUCUCUCAACCUCUCCUUCCUUCUCUCAUCCCCUCCUCCCAUCGCUCCUCCACUCCUUCCAUCUCUGA